GGCACAACACAACACAACACAGCUGCUGAAGCCGAGAGGAAUUGCUGCUUUUAGAUCUCUGCAGCUUUUCAUCGUCUCAUCGGUAAGAUGCUGCAGCUGAAUGACAGCGUGGAUCCGGAGAGCCCGGGUGCGGCUGUCUUACACCCGGCGGACUAUGACGAUGAGCUGGAGGUAGCGGCCCGGGCUGGAGCGUCAGUGGCCUGCUGCACCCCGCUUCAAACACUCACGCCUUUCCAUGUCCACAACCCAACCAUGCGAGCCAAAGUCAAAGAUUAUUUCGUCUUUAGGCCUGGAACAAUUGAGCAGGCUGUAAAUGAUAUCCGCACAGUUGCCUUGCCUUCAGAAGAUGGUGAAGUCCUUAGUGUGUGGCUCCUAGCAGAAAUUGAUCACUGGAACAAUGAAAAAGAAAGACUGGUACUCAUAACUGAGAGGUCUUUACUGGUGUGCAAAUAUGACUUCAUAAACCUCCAGUGUCAGCAGGUCAUCAGAAUUUCCUUAAACGCUGUGGACACAAUCUCUGUCGGCGAGUUUGAGUUUCCUCCAAAAUCACUCAACAAGAGAGGGGGAAUUGGAAUACGUGUCCAGUGGGAUAAGCGGCCAAGACCUUCGUUCAUAAACCGCUGGAACCCCUGGGCCACUGAUAUACCCUUUAUCACCUUCACUGAACACCCCAUGUCACACGCAGAUGAAAAGGUGGCUUCCCUCUGCCAGCUUGAGAACUUCAAAACGCAGCUCGUCCAGGCUGUGAAGAAAGCCCAUAAAGAAUACCCCAUUCCAGGCCGAGCCAAUGGUGUUUUGAUCCUCGAGCGCCCACUCCUGAUCGAGACUUACCUGGGCAUCAUGUCCUUUAUCAACAAUGAAGCCAAAUUGGGUUACUCCAUGACAAGGGGGAAAAUUGGCUUUUAACUGCUGAAUUCUGGUUCUCAUCCUUCAGUUAAGUGCUGUUUUUGCGUGAUAUUGCAACAUGUGAGUAUGUGAGUUGAGAACAUCCUUCUCGUUUUGUUGUUGGAUGUAUGCGGCGUGUGAGAUGUGCCAGGCAGUGAGGCACGCUCACCGCAUCGGUAUGUGCCUGGAUGCCACCGAUGCCAAUGUACAUGCCCUCUCCAAAUAGGCAGUGUUAAACUUCCUCUGUCCGUGCCCCUCUGUGUUAACACAGCCUUUCUAAUGUGCUUGAAUUUGGAGAUACAGUGUGUGUGAGUGUUUGUGUUGUAUGGCCAUGACCACAAUGAUGACUGAUGUUCAUUUGAUGUCCAAAUUAUCCUGUUACUAGCAUGCUUUGUUGAUCAUUGUACAUUUGUAUCUUUUUGAGGCAGUCUUUACCAGGCUGAUGUCUUGGGCAUUGAUAAGAAAUCCUCACUAAUAUACUGGGCUCACAGAUUAUAAGUUAACUUCGAGCUUUAUAACCUGCUGUAUACCCACUUAACCAAGUUAUGUGGUUUGGGAAAGACUUGUUUCGCAUUUGGUGUUGCAUUUUGAACUGACUGGCUUUCCAAUAAAAACUAGUGUAGUUGUGAGGUUCAUCACGUUUUUGGGCCUCAUUCAUGAAACGAGCAGAACUUAUUUGUUUAAAUUAUUCGUGAAACCAAAACUUACAUAAAUGAAACAAGCUCUCGAUUUGAUUCUGAUUAAUUUGGGUGUAUUUCAAUUAUAAUGUCCAUUUUGCUUACAUAUGGAAGAAAUUCUCAGUUAAUAAUGUAAAUUAUACAGGGAACCUUCUAACUUGGUACAUCAUGAAAAUAUUAUGUGGCUCAGGUGGUAGAGCGGGUUGUCCACUAAUCGUAGGGUUUGUGGUUCGAUUCCCAGCCCACAUGCCGACGUGUCCUUGGGCAAGACACUGAACCCCCAAGUUGCUCCCAAUGGCAGGCUAGCACCUUGCAUGGCAGCUCUGCCGCCAUUGGUGUAAGAGGGUGAAUGUGUGUGUCAAUCGGUCACAAAGUAAAGGGCUUUGGGAACCGCUAAGGUUAAAAAAGGUGCUAUAUAAGUGCAGACCAUUUACACAAACAACCAAAACUGAAGUAAACUUUAAAAAAUCCCCAGAUCAAUAUAAUUUAAGAAUCGGUAUCGUGAUCGUUCAAAUGAAGUUUGCGAUUAAUGGGAAAAUUAUUAUUUUUACCCAGCCCAAAUAAGAACGUAAGAUUCAUUAAUAUAUUAAAUUCAACAUGAUAUUUUAGGCAAGAAUGGCUUUACGAGAGAUUUACUAAGAAAUUUGCUCUGCUGGCAUUUUAUGAAUGAGGCCUAAUGUGACAACAUUUUUAAAGCGUGUCUCAACAAAAAACUGCAUGUCUUGUGAAUAUUACAUUAAAUAAAAACUACUGAGGCUUGUGCUAUAUAAAUUGUAUUCUCUUUAUUUUACAUUGUGAUGAAGUGCUUUGGCCUUUACAAAAUAUUGUUCCGCUUGUCACAUUACUGUACUGCAGCUAUUCGAGGCUUGUGAACAACAAAAAAAAAGAAAAUCAAAUGAGAGCUAUCAUCUUUGAGUAAAGCUUAAGAGUUCUGAAUGCAGUUGAUUUGAACCGUUUCUCAAGAUCAUAGUUGAGGUUUUACUUUUGUGCCACAUUGCUUGCAUCCAAGAAAUCUCAAAUCAUUCUAAACCUGCACCCACACGACCUGAAAUUUAUAUUUAAAAUGUGCUGCUCUAAUACAUGACACACCUGGGUCAUAAUUCUCCAAAAGAAAAAUGUAAUGCUCUAUUAUACCUGUAUCAUUUAUCAUAAAAACAGUCAUUAACUAAUAUUACAUAAUGCUUAACAGAUCAGUAGUUCAUCAAAUGUAAAUAUGUUUAUACAAAUAUUUUAAUACAAUUUAUGACAUUUCUGUAUUUGCAUUUAUAUUAACAAAUUAUGUUUAAAGCGUUGCACAAUGUUCUAAUAUUUGUUGUUUAAAAAAGGUUUCUAAAAUACCAAUAUUUUAGUGUUAAUAAAUUAUAUUUUGCCUAAAGAAAAUGAAGCCCAGCUGUCACUCUCAUCACUGGAAUACAGUAAAUCACUAUAUGAGCAUAAAUUAAACUCAUUACAACAAACAAUGAAUGUAAUUAAUAAUAUUAUUGUUUUAUUUAAAAAAAAAUAGAAUAAUUAUUAUAAUAUUAAUUAUUAAUUAUAAGUGAUAAAUUAUAUUUAAAAAAAUAUAUAUAUAUAUAUAUAUAUUUAUUAUUAUUGUUUUUAUUUUAUUUUUAUUAAACAAAAUAAAAUUUGUGAAACUAUGACCCAGAUAUGUUCUUGAUUUUUUUUCAACUGGAAACACCGACCUAACAUUUAUUAUUUUCAUAUUUGAAAUCUGUUCAAAUCCCUGCAAUUGCAGAUUUCACUGUGAAUUUCAGGUCUAAUUGUGGGUACUGUAAACGUAAUGGAAGCAAGUGUGCUGCUACAUGUGCAUUUCUGUUUUGUAUGUGUGUUUUACUAACUGUGAAGAUUGAAGAAGUGAAAGUUGGCAUUAAGUACAUGUUUGUGCUUCAGUUACUGAAAACAUGGACAAUACUAAACAAUUCAUUUCAUUAAAGGCUUUUAUUUUUAACCAAGGAAAAUCGAUAAGGAAUAUAAAUUAGUAAAAAUGUCCUCAGGUCAAGUUGUUCAACAAGUUUGCUUGAAUUAAUCUGUUUGCUUAAGGAUGCAUUUCAAAGGGGGAAAAUUCCGACCAUUGAGGUUGUCCACUGUUGAGUGAUUACGGGUUUUGAAACUUUGAAGAAUUUUCUUCACACAUGUGCACUUUUUUGGCCAACACCCUAUUUCACUUUAUCUGCAGCCAUAGAGAUACAGUGAUACUCAUCAUGUCAUGACUUUCUUUAAAUACCCCAUAAAAUGUAUUUCUGUUUUUCUUUAUGCAAAGUUGUGCAUGAUGAUUGUGCCUGCUGCUUGCUGGGUUUAAAAUGUCUAAUUUGUUGAUCAUGGUCUCUGUGUAUGUUUUUCAUCAUUUGCCAAUUCAUAUAUUAAAAGACUGUUUAAAAGCCAAAUCAAGCUCAGCUCUGGUCUCUUUUCAGGUCUGUUUAAACUGGAUAUUGAAGUCUGGA